CCUACCAGCUCCUCUCUGAGGGAAUUUGCAUCAUGCUGCAGCAGGAGGACUCCUGAGGACUGCUUCGCUGGCCAUGGUCGGUUCGGCUGCCCCCGUGCUACUCCUGGCCGUGACUCUCCCCUUGGUGGGAUCACCAGGCGCCAGAGCAUCUCAACCUGGACAGAGUCAGGCAGGAGGGGAGUCUGGGCAGCAACUGGACCAAGAGAGUGAAGCAGGUGAAUCAGUCCUGGUCUCGGUCUAUGUACAGCUGGACUUUUCAAAUGAGACGUGGCCAGCAGCACUCUCCAGGACCCAGACUUUCCCCACUGCCUCGCCUACCUCUUCCCCAAGAUCCCUCCUGGGCCUUAGCCUCACAACAGACUGUAAUGUCAACCACGAUGGGUGUACCUAUUGUGCUUGCCUCUCUGGGUACCAGUGGAACACCAGUGUCUACUCCCAUCACCAUCCUUGCCAAACCCCCCACGACCACCAACCUUGUGGCUGUCUUGUCUUCAGCCCUACUGAAGCCGGGUACUGCCAGUUACUGCCACCUGUCCCCCAGACUCGGAGCCUGAGCUCCCGGACGCCUGGCAACAAGCCAAACCUGAUUCUCCUUAUGAGCCACGAGACCACCAACCUGAACUGGUUCCUGUGGCGCCCAAGGACCCCCAGACCCUACCCCCUGCAGCCAGGGAUGCAUGUGUCCCUGACCUCUAGCCAGGGCCAGGCUGUGCUCAGCAUCUUCAACAUCUCCCACAAAUGGGCAGGUGAGUACAUGCGCUGCUUUGAGGCCCAGGGACUCAGGUGGGAGCUAUACCAGGUUGCCAGGGUGUCCCUGCAGGCGACAGACGUGGCUCAGCUUCCAGACCAGCUCUCCAUUGCCUGUGCCACCUCCCCUGGCUUCCAGCUGAGCUGCUGCAUCCCCAGCACACGCGCAGCCUACACGGCUUCCUGGAGCCCCAGAGAGGGCAGCGAAGGCUCCCAGUGCCAGCACCGCCCUGCCGCUGACACUGUGUACGCUUGUGACCUGUGGAGCCCAGGAGGGACUCCUCACAGGGGUCUCAUCUCUGGCACCAUCAUCCAGGGUGGAAACACCACCUGCCCUGAGGAUUUCUCACUUGUUGCCUGGAAUGUCACCAAGGCUGGCCAUGUGGCACAGGUCCCGUGUCCCAUGAACAAGACGGACAUGGUGAAGAGGCCGUGUGGGCCUGACGGGGUCUGGGGACCCAUCCACAGCAGCUGUAUAGACCCAAGGCUCCAGGCCUUGCUUCAUAAAGCCUGGUGGCUGCAGGUAGGCCAGGGCCGGCCUGCUGAGGAGGUCCCAGAGAUCCUGGCACAGCUGCCAGAGCAGGUGGUGGUGCUGAGCUCACCCGCUGACUUAUUGGCAGUGCUGGGCACCAUGAGAUCCCUGGCCAAGGUGGUGGCAGAAGCCAGAAUACAUCUUAACCGAAGUGCCCUGGAGUCUUUCCUGAAUACCACAGACAAGGUCCUAGACAUGGACAACAGUUCUCUGUGGACCCUGGCCCAGGCCCAGCAGCCCUCGAUGGGCUCAAAUCUCCUGCUGGCUGUGGAAACCCUGGCACGCAGCCUGUGCCAGGAGGAUCACCCCUUCUCCUUCAGCUUGCCCAGCGUGCAGAUGCAAACUGAGCUCCUCGGACCCACAUUUCCUUCUGACUACAGUGUCUCCUUCUCCACUCAGUCCCAACUGCAGGCACAGAUUCUUGGGCACUCACUGGCCCCACUGGGCCAUAAUAGAACCAACAUCAGUAUCACCAGCUUGGUGCUACAAAAACUGGACCACCUUCUGCCCUCGAAUUAUGGACAAGGCCUGGGGGGCUCUCUCUAUGCCACUCCUGGUCUGAUCCUUGUCAUCUCCAUCAUGGCAGGUGGCCAGGCCUUCAACCAGGGAGAGGUCAUCAUGAACUUUGGGGACAUAGAUGGCACCUCUCACUGUGUCUUCUGGGACCAUAAUCUCUUCCAGGGCAAAGGGGGCUGGUCGGAUGAAGGGUGCCAGGUACAGGAAGCCAGUGCCAGCCCCACCACUCAGUGCAUCUGCCAGCACCUCACUGCCUUCUCCAUCCUCAUGUCCCGACACAGGGUUCCAAAAAACCCCACCCUGGACCUGCUGGGUCAGGUGGGCUUGGGAGCCUCCAUUCUGGCACUGCUUGUGUGCCUGGGCGUGUACAGGCUGGUGUGGAGAGUCGUGGUACGGAACAGAGUGGCCUACUUACGCCACGCAGCCUUGCUCAACACGGUGCUCUGCCUGCUGGCCGCAGACACGUGCUUCUUAGGAGCCGCCUUGCUUCCUCCAGGGCCCCGCAGCCCGCUCUGCCUGGCCACUGCCUUCCUCUCUCAUUUCCUCUACCUGGCCACCUUUUUCUGGAUGCUGGCUCAGUCCCUGAUGUUGGCCCACCAGCUGCUCUUUGUCUUCCAUCAGCUGUCCAAGCACCGAGUACUCUCCCUGAUGGUGGUCCUCGGAUACCUGUGCCCAAUGGGGUUGGCAGUUAUUGCCUUGGGCCUCUACCUACCGCAAGGGCAAUACCUGGGGGAGGAAGAAUGCUGGUUGGACAGGAAGGGAGUGGGGCUCUACACCUUCGUGGGGCCAGUGCUGACCAUUGUGGGCGUGAACGGGUUGGUGCUAGCCAUGGCUGUGCUGAAGUUGCUGAGACCUUCGCUGUCAGAGGGGCCCCAGGUGGAGAAGCGCCAAGCUCUUCUGGGGGUGAUCAAAGCCCUGCUCAUUCUCACACCCAUCUUCGGCCUCACCUGGGGGCUGGGCCUGGCCACUCUGUUAGAGGAAGUCUCCAUAGUCCCUCACUACAUCUUCACGGUUCUCAACACCUUCCAGGGCGUCUUCAUCUUAUUGUUUGGCUGCCUUGUGGACAAGAAGGUGCAAGAGGCUUUACUUAAACGCUUCUGCCGCAGCCAAGCCCCCAGCUCCACCCUCUCCCUGGUCCCAGAUGAAACCUACAUCCCGGAACACAGCAAAGGGAGAGGUGAAAACGGCAGUUAGGAAGAAAGGAUGCCUUAACUGACGGGAACUCUGAUCUUGCAAACACUGAAGGUGAAGGGCAGAGUUUUGGUUUGUUUCUUUUCAAAGUUUAGGAAGAGGUGAAAUUAAUAGGUCUCUCUUUCUUUAAAAAAAAUCAACAAAAAAUGUAAGUGUCAUAGACAUGUGCAUGUAUACAAAAAGUGACAUGAGCACGUUUGUAAGAAUGCGUUAUAAAUUUUAAAGUAGAGUGAAAAGUACCACAGACUGACAAGAAUUAAGGAGAAAAGAUGACAAAACCAAUGAUAUUCAAAAGUGGCAGGAUCAAGCUAAGAGUAGAUGUAGAGAAGAAAUAUUUAAGAAAAGCCUUUAGAGGACACCAAGACGUCUAGCUGAAUUAACUUAUAGAAUCCACAAAAGGAUGAUGACAGAAUUCUGAACAAUUUUAAGACUAGAUAAAUGAAAAACUUCUGAUGAAUGAGUGUUUGCUAAUUACAAAAUUCAUGGGCAUUUUUCUAAGAUGGAAUGGGAAUGCUUUCUGUUGAAAUAAAAAUGGAUAUGCUACCACAUGCUGUUGAAAACA